GCGGGGGUGUUUUGUGGUGGGCGGGGGUGGGGCACCCCGGCGGCGGGGGUCCGGGGGUCGAACCCCUACCCUGGCUUUGCCCCCGAGGGCCCCCGCCUGACAACCCUGCAGAUGAUCACUAUCGUCUUUUCGGUCCGAACUAGCAGUUCAAUGUUUUCCAGCGUCCACAACAGGCGAUCGCGAAGAUUAAAGUGGAUUGACACGCCUCUGAGCUCAAAAAAUAACACGAUGAUCGUCAUUCCAAGUCAUGUCCCGAAGGAUAUCCGAGAAUCCCUGAUUAACGUAUUGCAUGGCUAUGAUGACGUAUUGAGUUUGGAUGGCAGCGAUAUCGGGCUAUCUACUGUAAUUGAGCACGCGAUCCUCACGGGGGAUCAUCCACCCAUUCGUUGCGCUCCGUAUCGAUACUCACCGGCACAGAGAGCCGCCGCGUUCAAAAGAAUCAAGGAGUUUGAGGCUAAUGGUUGGAUUGAGCCCGCUAUCGGACCAUGGUCGUUUCCAGUAGUGAUUGUGUCAAAGAAAGCAGGUGGAAUUCGCAUCUGUAUUGAUUACCGAAAACUGAACGAUAUCACAAUUAAAGAUGUGUAUCCUCUUCCUCGGAUUGAUGAAUUGUUGGAUGCUAUUGGUGGCGCUCGAUUCUUUAGCAAGUUUGAUAUUCGACAUGGUUUCCACCAUCUUCUGGUUCGAAAAGAAGACCGCCCGAAAACGACGUUCAUUCUUUUCGAAGGAACUUGGCAAUGGGUCAGAUGUCCGAUGGGGAUUUGCAAUGCCCCAGCCACGUUUCAGCGCACGAUGAAUAUGGCCUUCCAGAAUUUCGUGCGAAAAACGCGGCUGGCGCAAAGCAUAAUCAAUUAUUGUGUAAUUGUGUAUAUGGAUGAUAUCCUUGUGUUCUCUACUUCCUAUGAGGGACACGUGCAACACAUUGAGUGGGCACUACACGCACUCAAGGACGCAGGGUUCAAGGUGGCGGUUGAAAAAUGUCAGUUUUUCCUCACGGAAAUCUCCUUCCUCGGCCACGUCGUCACGAGCCAAGGGUUGCAACCAGAUCCUCAGAAGUUGACAGCAGUGAAAGACGCGCCUGUACCGACUUCCAUAACGCAGGUCCGCGCCUUUUUGGGUUUGGCGUCGUACUAUCGAAGGUUCGUCAAGGGAUUCACAGCAAUCGCGGGACCACUCACGAAUCUACUGAAAAAGGAUCAACCGUUGAUGUGGACCCCGCAGUGCGAUCGGGCUUUCAGAGAACUCAAGGCGGCCCUGAUUUCGGCCCCAGUCCUCAUAAGGCCGGACCCAAGAAAGCCCUUUGUUCUCAUAACCGAUUGGCAGCCGGAGGCGGUUUCCGCAAUCUUGGCUCAGGUGGGACCUGACGGUCUCGAACACGUGGUGGAAUACGCAUCUAAGAUGGUGCUGACCUGCAAGCGCAACUACGCGGCCCCGACGGGAGAGUGUUACGCAGCCUUAUGGGGGAUCAGCCACUUCCAAGCAUAUCUGUACGGUCGAAAGUUUACAUUGGUAACCGAUCACGAGCCGCUGUUGGCGCUGAAGAAAUCCAAGGAUUACUCGGGCAUGAUCGGACGAUGGGCCACCAUCCUGCAGAGCAUGGACUUUGACAUCUGUCAUCGGAAGCACGAAAAGCACGGGAAUGCUGACGGGUUGACACGACUGCACCGACCCGAGAAGGUCUUCAAGAGCGAAGAAGCUUGGAGAACGGACGUGGAAGGCGAUCUUCUCGGUUUCCUCUUCGGAUUGGUGCGACCAGGCCAUCGCCAGUCUAUCGUCCAAGAGCUCAUCGUCCCGCUCGCGCAAUUGGCUGACGAUCUCCCCCUCGACAUCGUUUCACAGAGCGACGACAGUCCCGCUCCGGACAUCGUCACGCGAACAUUGGCGCCGUAUCUCCAGUGGACCGCUUGCUUGGAGGAACCUGGGAGUGAUAGCACUCUGCCAUCACGACAGGAAUACUUGAAGCCGUACGGGAUCAUCGAUCACGCCUUCUAUCCGAAGGAGCUCGAGGCGCUUGAAGGAGAAGAGGACGUCACUGAAGAAGAGAGCGACGCCGACGAAGAAACGUCGAAGGAGGGGAGUUAUAGUGAGUACAGCGAAGGGGAGCAGAGUGAGCAGAGUGAGGAGGAGCUACAAGAAGAAGACGAAGAGGAGGAAGCAGGAUCAGAGUGGGAGGACUUGCCGGAAGAAGCGGCGCGCACAGGCACGGAAGCGGAAGAUCCCGAAGCGACACGUAGAAGGGAAGAGAUCGCCGCCGGGAAAAACCAGCUGGAGAUCGCCAGCGGGGCAAGCCUAUGCAUCAACGACGAUCCGACCAGGGAUCCAGAGCCCCCCGAGCCCGAGGAUGGCGGAUCAGCAACCGCGGCUCCGAGCACAUCGCGACGGAGACGGAGUCGAUCCCCCUCCCCCCCCGCCCCAACCCGUCCCCCAGUUCGUCCACGUACCGAUGCGGGGAAUCGGCCUUCGUCCCCGGUCAUUAUCCUGCCGUCCCCUUGAUUACCUUACCCUCUCCCAGAUCUCUACCCCCGUCACCUUUCCUCGCAACCCCUUUCCUCCCAACACUUUCGAGCACUUCUACUCCACCCGUCUCGCCGUCACCGUCCAUCCCAGCCCUUCCCUUCAAGUCGCGAACCCUACGUUCAGUCUACACGUCCUCUUGUUCAGUGCCGCGUGGCGACAAAAUAACGCAAUAAAAGCCUACUGCUUAA